GAGUAUAUAUAAAGUUUCGAGUGUAAAAAAAAAGGGCACAAGCGAUUUGUAUUCAAAGUAAAAAGGUUUCAACAAGACGAAGUUUGCACUUGUGAUUUGAUAUAAAACCACGCCCUAAAUCCGCAACUAAAUUAACAUGUUGAAAGAUCUAGAGCUUUCUUUCUUCGGUCGCAUAAAAAAAAUAACGCCGAAAAGAUGUGAUCCUUUUGGAAGCCCAUGCAAAGACCUCUGGAUCCUCAAGCUUGACAAUGGAAGAUACAAGAGAUAGAGAAAAGAGAUAACGAGAGAGAAAGAGAUAACAAGAAAAGAUAGAAUACGAAGACUUGUGUGUCUCUUGCUCGGUGUUAUGGUGUAGAUCGUGCAGUGAUCGUGUAGUGAAGUGGAACGAACGCUGACAAUUUGAAUUUUCGAGGCUCAUUAGCUCGGCGUUCGUUCGCUCUCAGAGAUUACUAAGCUCUGGGCCUCUUUCUAAGAUUGCAGAAACCACAAAAUGUAUGGAUGCUUCUUAAAGUAAGACGUUAAAUUUAUGAUAAAAAAACUACAUAGCCUAGCAAGGGAGCUAUCACGUGACAAACAAGCAAGGGAGCUAUCGCGUGACAGACAAGCAAGGGAGCUAUCGCGUGACAGACAAGCAAGGGAGCUAUCGCGUGACAGACAAGCAAGGGAGCUAUCGCGUGACAGACAAGCAAGGGAGCUAUCGCGUGACAGACAAGCAAGGGAGCUAUCGCGUGACAGACAAGCAAGGGAGCUAUCGCGUGACAGACAAGCAAGGGAGCUAUCGCGUGACAGACAAGCAAGGGAGCUAUCGCGUGACAGGAGCAAGGGAGCUAUCCCGUGACAGAGGAGCAAGGGAGCUAUCGCGUGACAGACGAGCAAGGGAGCUAUCGCGUGACAGACGAGCAAGGGAGCUAUCGCGUGACAGACAAGCAAGGGAGCUAUCGCGUGACAGACAAGCAAGGGAGCUAUCGCGUGACAGACAAGCAAGGGAGCUAUCGCGUGACAGACAAGCAAGGGAGCUAUCGCGUGACAGACAAGCAAGGGAGCUAUCGCGUGACAGAGGAGCAAGAGAGCUAUCGCGUGACAGACAAGCCAGGCAUAUUAUUGCGUGAAAUAAAUAACUUGUGUCAAAAAUGGAAGACGCUGUGAUCGUUCUUCUGGUUUGUGUUGCGGUUUUAAUCGCAAUUAUGAUUGCUCUUUAUUUCUUGUGCCGCUCGGACGACCCCCUGAAGGAUCACACGUGUGCUGCUCUACUGUACACGAAGAUGACCGCGGUCAACCUUGAGGGCGACGAGCCAUGUCUGAUGGAGAAGCCACGAGAACCACGCAACAACGACAUGAACACGACUCACUAUGGCGGGAAAACACCAGAUCCGCGUGACGGCGGGCGUGACGGUCCACGUGAUGACGAAAAGCAGAAAGGCCUGCGUGACUUCACGGCUGACAAGCCCCGUGAUGAAAGACGUGACAGCUCACGUGAUGGAAGGCGUGACAGACCAUUUGAAGAAAAGCUUGACGGCUCACGUGGUGGAAGGCGUGACGGUCCACGUGACUAUGAAAAGUAUCACGGCAUGCGUGACGUCACGGUUGGUAAGCCACGUGAUGGGAGGCCUGACGGACCACGUGAUGGAAGACGUCACAGGUCACCUGAUGAAAAGCUAGACGGCUCACGUGAUAGAAGGCGUGACGAAACACGUGUUGAAAGGCGUGAGAGCUCGCGUGAUGGAAGACGUGACGGACAACGUGAUGAGAGGCGUGACGGGCUACGUGAUGAGCGGCGUGACAGCUCACGUGAGGGAAGACGUGAAGGAUCUCUUGACGAGAGGCGUGACUGGCCACGAGAUGAGCAGCGUGACAGAUCACGAGAUAGAACACGAGAGGAGAGGCGUGACGGACACCGCGAACAGUGGCGUGACGGCCCACGUGAUGAGAGAAGUUACAGCUCACGUGAUAACUGGCGUGACAGCACUCAUGGGGUUAAGCGUGACGGCGAACGAGAUGAGAGGCGUGAGUGGCCACGUGUUGAAAUGCGUGACGGUCCACGUGACGAAAGUAACAGCUCACGUGAUAACUGGCGUGACAGCAAUUAUGAUGCAGGACGUGACGGUUCAAGAGAUCUCCGACGAGAUAUUCCACACCAUGACUGGCAUAAUUUUCCAGGCGAUAAAAGGCGUGACAGGUCACGUGAUGAAAGACGUGACGUUCCCCAUGAUGAACGGCAUUACCGGUCACGUGAUGAAAGGCGUGACAACGCAUUGUGGUUAUAACGUUAAAAUUGUGUUUAUAGUAAUUGCUUACAGUUGAUUGCCGUAUUAUUUCUUGAAGAUAUAUUUUUGCCGUCCUUAUACAAUCAAAUCGGGACAACGGAAGAACGCUGAAUCUUUAAGAAGAUAUUGCACUUUUAUUAAAUCUUGCACACUGUCACACCUGUACAUUUCACACCAGAGCAGCUUCUAUUAUAUCCAUGUAACAAACGAAGUACAUGUUUUCACUUUAAGAAAUAAACACAUUUGUUGUAAGACCAAACGGUACCCCCCCCCCCCCAUUCCCCGGGUCAAAUCUUUAAUCCUCAGUUGGAGCCGGACAUGGGGUCAAUUCUUUAUGGCAGUCAUGGGGUUUGAGCUAUUUCCAGCUUUCACAGAAGCACAGUUAGGAAUUAAUUACAGAGAAAGUUUGGAAAGCCAAAAUACGUGGAAAAUACUCCAUUUUGCAGAUAAAUAUAAAUUAAUACGGUAUAGUGUUAAGCAAUAUAUACUGUAUAUAGUGCCCAAUAGGAUUGAAAAUUGUACUUUUAUGUUUCGGUAAGACUGGGAAGCUAAAAUAGUGUAGGAAACUAGAUUAUACGUACAUAAUAUGUAUCUUGUGCGAUUAGUUUCUGUCUGUAUAGUAGACAUUGGUUGCAAUAAGGAGCGUUGUUUUUGUUACACUUUGUCGUAUUUCGAGAGCCAGCGCUAGUGCCCCUCUAAGCCCCGGAUGUAAAUCGACACUACCUUUAACUGGUUAUAACUCCCUCUUGACAGGCUUAUUAUUCAAUCGAUCAUUUGACAAAUCAGCGAUUGAUUCAUUUAAUUGGAACUCUUUAAAAAGUACCAAAAGUAUACGAAAACGUACGACAAGAAAAGGUCAACCCAAUGAGCAAGCCAAUUGUCACCUUGCAGAAAUAUAUGAGGAUCAAAGGUGCUAAUACUAACACGAAAGCUAAUCGUAAGUUGUUUGUAGUGUUCCUUAGUAUAUCUGACUGUUAAAUAAUAGGCCAUCACUAAACCAACGGUAUCGAGUGAAGAGACGUUAACAGUGCUAUCUAUCGGAGCGGAAAGCCAGCACAAAUAACUUACAUAACUCUACGAGGUAAACAAAACGCGGCGACGCGAGCGUGCUGGGGCCGAACAUUCAACCGUCAUUUGCGAUCGUAAAGGGCCAUAACAAGUGAAGAAUCCCAGCCAUAGCGUGACCCAACGAGUGAGAAGAGGCAAUCGAUCACUCUUCGUAUACAACAUCAAGUACAAUAUUUAGAACUCGUGACAGUCAAUCGAAAUAGUAUGCAGUAGUCGCUCAUUAGAGCCUGACGGAACAGUUACAGACAAGCAAGCGACUUGGCACGAGUUCAGCAAAGAGUUCAACGGAAUACAAACAAAAAGCUCAUUAGCGCCGCGUUCAUUCGCUCGUAGACAUCGCUAGGGCCUUAGUUUGCUUCUCAAGGAUACCGUGCGCUGCUUUGCUCUAUCCGAAAGCGAUCUCGACCGGAAAAUUCGUCCGACUUCAAGAAAUCAUGGUCAACACAGAGCAAAAUCUAUCGAGAAGAAGCUCACGCAGCGAGCACAUGCGGAUAAUGUCCAAACUGCAGGAAAAGCCACCAGAGUCACGCACCAACGGCGGACCUCCUUACAACGCUCGAGGAACUCGACCACCAGACAAGCGUGACACACGAGUAUCUCAACCACCAGACACGCGCGACCCCCGAGGAUCUCGACCAACAGACACGCGCGACGCGCGAGGAUCUCGACCACCAGACAAGCGCGAUACGCAAGGGGCUCAGUUACCAGACAAGCGCGACACUCGUGUAUCCACCAGGCCACCAGACACACGUGACACGCGAGUAUCGAGGGCACAAGAGACGCGCUCUACACAAGACUCGCGCGGCGGAUCAAGACGAUCUGCGAGUCGAGACACGCGUGACCAAGAGCUUGACGCUCGCGGGAGAUCUCAGAACGCGCGUACUAGAAGUAUGCGAAACAGCGGUCCACCUGAAAGAAGAGAUGAUUUAUCGCGUGACAACAGACGUGAGGCUCCACGUGAUAACAGGCGCGAGGUUUCGCGUGACAACAGGCGUGACGCAUCACGCGAUAACAAGCCUGAUGUACCACGUGAAAGGCGUGACACAUUACGCGAUGAAAGGCGUGACAUGUCACGUGAUAAGAGGCGUGAAGCAUCACGUGAUGAAAGGCGUGACAUACCACGUGAUGAAAGGCGUGACAUACCACGUGAUGAGAGACGUGACGCACCACGUGAAGGUAGGCGUGACCCACCACGUGAUGACAGGCGUGACGCAUUCCUUGACGACCGCCGGGAGGGUAGAAGCACACAAGAAUUUAGCCGAGAUAACCGAUUGCGUCAGCGAAGCUUGCGCGCACGUUCGGUGGAUAGACCACGUGUCACAAGAGCUAGAUCUGAAGGUGGAAGAAGAAGCCGUUCUCUUGGUGAUGUUCGUCUUAGAAACCGCGCGAGGUCAGUUGAUCGAGUGUACGACCUUUGGGACAGGCGCUAUAGCAUGAAAAGGGACCCAUACCCUCAAGAUGACAUGCGAGAGAGACUUUAUGGCGGCACACGUGACAUACAUCUAGCAAGAGACCCACCACGACACGAGCCGCGAGAUAGCAUGCCGCCUUGGGAGGGCCCGCGGGGACAUUCGACACGUGACAAGGCGCGUGACAUACCUCCGCACUGGAGUGACCAAUACAGCAUUCAAGCUCGGGACGAUCUUUACAACAGACUUCAGGCACGGGACGACCCAUACAUCAAACAGCCCGGACGGGACGACCCGUACAACAAACAGCCCGGACGGGACGACCCGUACAUCAAACAGCCCGGACGGGACGACCCAUACAUCAAACAGCCCGGACGGGACGACCCGUACAUCAAACAGCCCGGACGGGACGACCCGUACAACAAACAGCCCGGACGGGACGACCCGUACAACAAACCUUCUGCACGGGACGACCUGUACGACCGACCUCCCUUACGAGAUGACCCGUACCACCGACCACCUUUACGGGAUGAUCCCCACAGCAGACCUCCCUUACGGGAUGAUCCCCACAGCAGACCUCCCUUACGGGAUGAUCCCUACAGCAGACCUCCCUUACGGGACGACCCGUACAACAAACCUUCAGCACGGGACGACCUGUACGACCGACCCCCCUUACGGGAUGACCCGUACCACCGACCACCUUUACGGGAUGACCCCCACAGCAGACCUCCCUUACGGGAUGAUCCCUACAGCAGACCUCCCUUACGGGAUGAUUUCUACAGCAGACCUCCCUUACUCGACGACCAACCUCCCUUACGGGAUGACCCGUACAACCGACCUCCCUUACGGGAUGACCCGUUCGGCCGACCUCCCUUACGGGAUGAUCCCUUAAGCAGACCUCCUUUACGGGAUGAUCCCCACAGCAGACUUCCCUUACGGGAUAAACCAUACAACCGAGAUCCCUUACAGAAUGACCAGUACGGCCGACCUCCCUUACGGGAUGAUCCCUACAGCAGACCUUCCUUACGGGAUGAUCCCUUAAGCAGACCUCCCUUACACAAUGAUCCGUUUGACCGAACUCCCUUACGGGAUGAUCUCUUAAGCAGACCUACUCUAGGGGGUGACUUGUACGACCGACCUCCCUUACGGAAUGACCCGUACAGUAGAAACGAGGCAGGUGACGACCAUGGCGAAUAUGGCCCAGUUUAUCAACAAGCAGAAAGACGUGACAUGUAUGGGAGGUAUGUGCCACGCGAAAUCCCCGCGCGUGUAGAGCAGCACGAGUUUGACGCACUUCAUCGCGAGAUUCGCGCAAAGUCGGAGGAGAUCAAGCUCCAGAGAGAGUCAGUGAACCGCGACAUCCGCAAGGGCAUUUAUCAGCCAAUCAGCAACAAGGAGGCGAAGGUGCGAGAGGAGCUUAUGAAAUGCAACGGUACGCACCGCGACAUCCUAUAUGACGAGCGUGACGCAGGGCAACAUCACUAUGAAGAGAUCCCCCCAAGGAUGUCACACAAUAGCGACUUGUCACGCGACCCGUACGAGGACGUGCAUGACCCUCGUUACCUUCCAAAGCCGUUCGAGAUGAGCCAAGGACGCAACGAAGAUAACAUAAUCCGAAGGGAGCCUCGACCAAGACCUCACUCAAUACAAAUCACACACAGACAACACUCCAGUACCACGGAUAGUUUUCUAGACACACAAAGAAACAUGCGUGGACACACAGGGAACCCGCCACAAGACAUGCGCAGACACACAGUGGAUGGAAAUGGCUGGGGGGCUCUUCCAGACACUUACUUGAUGUCAAUCGGGAUGCCGACCUCUCAGCCACCGCCAGCGGGCAAGGCAAUGAACAUACAAACGAUUGACCCUCUGGAGAUCCAGACACGCGCACCGGAAGACGAGCUGAGAGAUUCCUAUGUCAAGUAUUUUGGUAAGCCUGAAGAUUCACCCCAUUCUCCUUACUUAAGGUCACUUAAUAGCGUGGGUGAUACAGACAAGAAUGGAUGGCGUUACCCUGACAAGAAUACAUUGCGUGACGUAGACAAUGUCAGACAAUCGCGCGACAACAAAGAUGGAUCGCGUAAUGCAGACAAUAGGCUGCGCGACGAAAAGUUGCUCAAUGAUUCAUGGGAAGCGAGUGAGUCGAUGUACCGCGUGCGCUCGUUCGAUUUCAGUCAUCAGGAGAAGCGUGCGGCUCAACCACGUUCACGCUCCCUAGACCUGCACAGCGCCCCACCGAAGGAAGAGAUCCGCGAGAGAGACACGCGGGGCAAACCUGUCACGGCAGUCGCACCAACGCGUGCGCGUGUCAUGCACGUGGAGUCAACUACACCGCGACGGGAUGACAGAUCGCGCUACUCUUACGACCCUUACGACGACAGAAACGAUCGCUACAACGGAUACAGCAGUGAUCAUUAUAGCAGACACGACAGGAGCGAUUAUUAUGACAGGCAAGACAGACGUGAUCAUUACAACAGGCAAGGCAGGGGCGACCAUUACGACAGGAGCGGUCAUCACGGCAGGGCCGACAGGCGCGAUCAUUACGACAGGCGCGAUCAGAACGACAGGCACGACAGGAAAUACGACGAGGAGAGAGAAGAUUACGUGUGAACAUUUAGUGUCAACACCGGUCCACGGUACUAGAUAAAAACGUAUUGACGAUUUGACAGUAAAGAUUGAGUGGAGCUUGAUGGCAGCGAUCGUAACGAUAACUACAACAAGAACACUAAGUUCAAUAAAUAUAAUAUCAAUUUGUAUCAUUUUAGUCAAACCUUCCAAAUACAUCCGUACAAUUUACGCAAACAUUUCUACAGGAAUGUUUUUUUUUUUACAUUUUCUAUAUACGCAUUGUUUUUAAUCAAAGUAAAACCGUAACUAGUUGCGCCACAAAGCGUGAUGUUCAGUUGCACUGCAGUAUGAACAUAGAAUAGAGUAUGCAGUAUAGAAGAGUGUAAUAUAGAGAAAAACUUUAGCUUAGAAGUGUCACGUCGCGAGUUUGCUUAAAGGGGCUCUGUCAGUCGCCAUUUUGUCAUCCAAACAGCUAAAGAAGCAGGUAGAAAAUAUUCAUUUGCAUCCGCGUAUCGACAUUUUUAACAACUGAAUUUAAUAGUUUAAAGAUAAGCAAUGCUUUUGUACGGUUAUUUUGUUAUUACUUUAAAUAAUGAAAAGCCAAAGGAUAACAAAAUGAAAGCUGAUUGAGUCCCUGUUUUCAAAAUACAAAAAAAAAAAUGUAAACCAUUUGUAUUUAUGGCAUUAUCAAUGCCUGCAAUUAAUGUUAAAAAGCUAAUGACAUUUAUGUCAAGAAGUUGUGGAAUUUCCUAUUUACUCACUAAUGGGUGUAAGGCAAGAGAUGACUUGAAUAAACUAUAGAAAACUC